CGUUUUGCGAACUGAAUAAUUUUGCUGGGCGUUACUUGCACAGGUGCUUAGAUAUUGGCAUGUGAGAUUUCUGCAUCCAUGCCAACACAGCAGAGGGAGAAAAUGAAUCAUCGUAUGUUUUGGUAAAAAAAAAAUCUACAGAGAAUCUUUGGGAACAAACUAAUAACGUAAUAUUUUAAUUGUGACUCUGCAAGGCUUGACUCAACUAGACGGUUGAAGUGAAAAUAUCCUGAAUGUUUAAGGAAAUUUGAAGCGACCCUUAGAAAGAGGCGAUGUCAGCCUUCUGCCAGCAGGGGGCGGUGUCCUGUGUGAAAAGGUGCUAGGUGCUGCGCUCUCCUCCGAGCGGCAGCAUAGGGCAGCACACGGGAAGGCUGUCUCACACAAAUGGCGUUCCUCCGGUGCCAAGCAGCCGAUUUCCUACCAAGCACGGCAACAGGAGCGGUGGAGAGGUAAACACACCGCUGCUUUUCUCAGCGUGCGUGUAGCAGAGCUGACGGCUGGACGCUGCGCACUAACCGAGAGUAGACCGCUGUUCCGGUGCACUAACACCCCCACCGUCUAACACAACAGACAGCAGAGUGUCAGCUGCAGCUUGUGCUUUCCUCUGGUUUGUUUGUUUAUCCGCUGUGCUGUUUGUUUUCCGCCGAUAGUUGCUGGUGUUUCACCAAAUCUCAGGCGCUGCAGGAGACGGUAGCAGGUCAAAUGUUUCCACCUCGACGUCGGACAUGGACAUCACCCCUCUAGAGGUCUCCUCCUACUCGCCAUACGCCUGACCUGCUGGCCAUCUCUCCGUUAAUCUGGUCCAGGAGAUCAUCUUUCUGCCUUACCCGAGGUUACACCAUCAACUCGGCGUUAUCUCAGAAAGAGAGCUCAGUGGCGGUGAAGAUGACCAUGGCACGGUACCGUCCCACGUGGGAGCUGGCCAUGGACCCUCUGGUCUCAUGUAAGCUGUGCCUUGGAGAGUUCCCUCUGGAGCAGAUGACCACCAUCACACAGUGCCAAUGUGUCUUCUGUACACUGUGCCUGAAGCAGUACGUGGAACUCCUGAUUAAAGAAGGCCUCGAAACUGCAAUUAGCUGUCCAGACUCUGCCUGUCCCAGAAGAGGACACCUGCAGGAAAAUGAGAUUGAGUGCAUGGUGGCCACAGAGAUGAUGCAGAGAUACAAGAAGCUUCAGUUUGAAAGGGAGGUGCUGCUGGACCCGUGCCGGACAUGGUGCCCUUCCUCGACAUGCCAGGCUGUGUGUCAGUUAAAGGAAGCAGAUUCUCCAGCACUGCCUCAGCUAGUCCAGUGCGCUGUCUGUGCCCUCGAGUUCUGCUCCGCCUGCAAGGCCAACUGGCACCCUGGGCAGGCCUGCCAGGAGAACAACCUUCCCAUUACCGCCUUCCUACCAGGAGAAAACAACUCUUUCCAUAAGAAUGAAGAGGAUGAUGCACCAAUCAAGCGCUGUCCCAAAUGUAAAGUCUACAUCGAGAGGGAUGAAGGCUGUGCACAGAUGAUGUGCAAGAACUGCAAACAUGCCUUCUGCUGGUACUGCCUGGAGUCACUGGAUGAUGAUUUCCUCCUGAUCCACUACGACAAAGGGCCUUGUCGAAACAAACUCGGCCACUCCAGGGCAUCUGUUAUCUGGCACAGAACACAGGUCGUGGGGAUCUUUGCUGGCUUCGGUCUGCUUCUGCUGGUCGCCUCCCCCUUCCUCCUUCUGGCCACUCCCAUCGUUCUUUGCUGCAAGUGCAAGUGCAGCAAAGGUGAUGACGACCCGUUGCCAACCUAAACACGUCCUCAGAGCUGGAGCGGAGAGCCACUCCAAGGAUGGGCCAUCUUUUUUUCCCUUUUUCACCCCGUUACAUUCUUUUCCUCCUACCAGCUUUGAGUGUUUCGUUUUUUGGCCGAGCCUACACCAUCCCUCGGCCGCUUCGAGAUCCAUCGCUCUGCAUGAGAGAGGUAUGCCAGAAAAGUGACCCUAGGUUUUAGCAUGAAGAGGGGUGCCAGGUCAGAGGAUGUCAGACUUAUCUAAGGACCACUUUGUCCACGUUUGUAAGACGGUGGCGGUUUGAGGAUGUCGAGGAAGUCUGGGCCACUUUAAGUGGUCUUAAGUUGUGGGUUGCUGUGACAUGGUAUAUUAGCAGGUCACUGCAAAUAGGAAAAAAAAAUCUAUGUUGACUAAUGCUUUUCUCUUGUAUGGACACUGUCGUGCAGGAGCCACAUUAGAAAGUACUUUCACUUUUUCACUCUGUUUUGUCGGUUUGUCGUACACAGCGAAAGCUUUUUCCCCACCACCACACCUCGAGGAGCUCUACAGAUUCAGUCAGUAGCAUUAGAGCUACGCCACGCAUGUUUGGUGUUACUCGAUUUGCACACCGAACAUGAUUUCGUUGUCAUGUUCGUGACUGAAGUAGAGAUGGGAGGCUGUUGUCAUUCUCAACUCAGUGUACAGCACGUCCUCUUGAUGAUGUCAAUGUUUUAUAACCUAUCGCUUUUAAUAGGACUGUGCUCAGAGUAGUGUCUAUGUGUUGUGUGUUUUCCAAACUUUUAGGAAUACGUAUUAAAGGGGAUCGCCACUCAAAGCUAAAAAUAUGCUAAUCUUCUUUUGUCAAGUGACAAUGUACAGUAGUUUUAACUUCUUAUGUUUAAUUACCAUUUUUCAUUUGUUUUUGAUGUGCCUCCAGAUGUUAUAUGUUUGCAGCAUCUUUGUGAGAGCGUUUUUCCAGAAGAUGUUACAGUUCAUGAUCCUAGAUCGAGUCAUUUCCCAAAUUGAGUGGUGCUCCCCUUUGAGUUCACCAUCAGUUUUUUACCAAGACUGCAUCCGCAUGUGGUGGAACUUCACUAGCAUAGAUGUCUCUCCAGUAAUUCUCUGACCCCGGAUUAUGAAAGCACAUUGUAUUCACCAAAAAAAAAAGAAAAAAGGAUCUUAUCUUGUAACUAUUACUUAGUUUCUCAUAAUUGUGAAUUAUGAGCAUUUCUCUAAAUUAUGAGAUAAUCUAGAACUUGCCUGAACAUCAUCAUGUUUUAAUGGAUUCUUUAGUUUUUCAGUAAUUCAGUGAUAGCUGUCAGUACAUCCAAUAGUGCAUAGCAAAAAUGAACUGUUAAUAGUUAUAUCAGGAUACUACUUGUUCCAAAAUGUAAACAAAUGUCGGCAAAAACAGGCCUCAAAGUUGCCACCUAGAGUGUAACUUACUGUGCAUGUAAUGAGCAGCAGCUGGAAAGCUUCAGAAGCUGCUUGAGAAAUAUUGGGUUUUUAAGAUUCCUUCAGAAUAACCAAAUAUUGGUUAAAAACUAUGCCCAAGCUGCAGCCCACAUUGUAUCCAUGGCAACAUUAAACUUUUUCUUAUAAAAGCAACCAUAAUCUAGCAUGAUCCUGAUCUCGUAAUCAUGACAGAGCAUUAAAACUUAAGCCUUCAGAGUCAUCAUCCAUCCGAACAGAUAUAAACUUUGACAAGAAACAGGAAAGUAAGCUAUCGGCUACUUAAUGUUGCCAUGGAUACAGUCUGUAACAAUGAGGGUACCGUUUUUAGUCUAGGCUAUAUUUAUAUAUAUAUAUAUAUUACGUUCUGGAGCACUAAGUAUGCUGACUCAGCUAUUAGCAGUUCAUUUUGCUACCUACUGUUGGAUGUGCUGUCAGAAUUGCAUAAAGAGCCUACCGAAGAAAUCUUAAAAACCCAAUGUUUCUCAAGCAGGUUCUGAAGCUUUCCAACUCCUCUUUAGUACAUGUACUGUAUAUAGUGAGUUACACUGUAGGCAGGCUGUUCUCAGCCUAUAUUGGUUUACGUUUUGGAACACUACAUACAAAAGUUCACUUGUGCUAUGAAAAUCAGCUGUACGGGCAUUUAUCACUUUGAUUUUAAAGACUUAAUUAAAAUCUGAAGAUUUUCAGGAAAGUUCUGUAGUGUUCCCACCCCGGCAGCAUCUCAUAAUUACAAGGAUAAGAUCUUAUAAUUAUGAGAGAAAAGCUGGAUUUUUUUAUUUUGGUGAUUGCAAUGCGCUUCCGUACCAGAUGGUGGUUUAGCCCAUAGACUGUAUAUAAAGAUAGAUGCUUAACAGCUCCCCAAGACUGAAGCCACCACAAAUCCAUCACCCCCCUGCCCUGUUCAUGUUCGCAAAUAGGACAAGCCAAACUAAAAAUUUUAACUAAAAUUCAAAUAGAUUUUUCCCACAGUUGAUUUCUGUAAUUUUAGGUAGAUAUUAUCAUGCUAAUUUGUGUACAAGUAGUCAUUUUGUCUUAAUAAAUUCUGAUCUAAAAAGGGUAAGUGUGGAAAUACCAGUUUUUAAUUGGUGGCCUGAUGCUGCAGCCCCGCCUCUGCACAGAAUCAGGUUUCAAAAUGCAUCACAAAAGCAAGAUGGCUUUCUUCAAAUUCACAAUUUUGUGGCUUCACUUUUCCAUAGUGGCAGGAAGUGGUGACACGUAGUCAGGUAUUAUAUACAGUCUAUGGUUUGGCCACAUAGAAAUGAAUAGCCUUAAAGUGAGUGGCCAAAAUCAGGCAUAUCCCCCUGUGCAUUACAAACUGUUCAAAGUCAAAAUCCAAAUAUGCCUAAGGAAAGCAUGUUUAAAAGUUGUCAAGCCCUUUAUAUUCAGAUGAUUCUAUGAUGUCACCCAUGCGCUACACUGUUAAUAGCCAUACUUAAAAAAAAAAAAAAA